GCGAGCUUGAACCGGCGCGAUCCGGUCGCCACUGGUCGAUAUCAUCCAUCAUGAGCAGCAUCGGUACCGAGGAGAAGUCCAAGACCGAGUUCCCGACGCUCACGGAGCUCAAGCACUCGAUCCCGAACGCGUGCUUUGAGUCCAACCUCGGCCUCUCGCUCUACUACACGGUCCGCGCGAUCUUCAACGCGUCGGCCUCGGCGGCGCUGCUCUACGCGGCGCGCUCGACGCCGUUCAUUGCCGAGAACGCUGUGCUCCAUGCGCUUGUCUGCGCCGCCUACAUCUACGUGCAGGGCGUCAUCUUCUGGGGCUUCUUCACGGUCGGCCACGACUGCGGCCACUCGGCCUUCUCGCGCUACCACAGCGUCAACUUUAUCGUUGGCUGCAUCAUGCACUCGGCGAUCCUGACGCCGUUCGAGAGCUGGCGCGUGACGCACCGCCACCACCACAAGAACACGGGCAACAUCGACAAGGACGAGAUCUUUUACCCGCACCGGUCGGUCAAGGACCUCCAGGACGUGCGCCAGUGGGUCUACACGCUCGGUGGUGCGUGGUUUGUGUAUCUCAAGGUCGGCUAUGCCCCGCGCACGAUGAGCCACUUUGACCCGUGGGACCCGCUCCUCCUCCGCCGUGCGUCGGCCGUCAUCGUGUCGCUCGGCGUCUGGGCCGCCUUCUUCGCUGCGUACGCGUACCUCACGUACUCGUUCGGCUUUGCCGUCAUGGGCCUCUACUACUACGCGCCACUCUUUGCUUUGCCUCGUUCCUCGUCGUCACGACCUUCUUGCACCACAACGACGAGGCGACGCCGUGGUACGGCGACUCGGAGUGGACGUACGUCAAGGGCAACCUCUCGAGCGUCGACCGCUCGUACGGCGCGUUCGUCGACAACUUGAGCCACAACAUUGGCACGCACCAGGUCCACCACCUCUUUCCGAUCAUCCCGCACUACAAGCUGAAGGAAGCCACCAAGCACUUUGCGGCCGCGUACCCGCACCUCGUGCGCAAGAACGACGAGCCGAUCGUCUCGGCCUUCUUCAAGACCGCGCACCUCUUUGUCAACUACGGCGCCGUGCCCGAGACCGCUCAGAUCUUCACGCUCAAGGAGUCGGCCGCGGCCGCCAAGUCCAAGGCGGACUAAGCCAACGAAGCGCAAUACAGGACGUGUCCAUAAUCUGUCGUCUACUAGCUGUGUUUCCAUUCUGUAC